AUGGCCGCCGCAGCACCUCCACCGCCGCCGUCGCCUACCCCCGCCGUCAUUUCUGAGGACUUGCUUCCGACUGGCUACAAUUGUGGUUGCUGGGUUUGUGUUGUUGAAGUUUCUCAAACCCCUUUCCCUCUAAUCGACCAAUACUACCCAAAUUUCAGCCCCAUUCAUAAAACGGUAAAUCUGGAUCUCCCGAUUACCGACCCGCAAGCGGAAACGUUCAGAUCGUGUGGAAAUGAUGUUGAGGUUGCUGGGUUUGUGUUGUUUUUUCCUAAUUAUUCGUCCUUCUUAGCGAAACCUGGGUUUUACAUCGAGGAUAUAUUUGUGAGAGAGUGUUAUAGGAGGAAAGGUUUUGGGAAGAUGUUGUUGUCAGCUGUGGCUGCUCAGGCGGCGAAAAUGGGGUAUGGAAGAGUGGAAUGGGUGGUUCUAGAUUGGAAUGUGAAUGCGAUCAAGUUUUAUGAAGAAAUGGGAGCUCAAAUUAUGCAGGAAUGGAGGGUUUGUAGGCUGACUGGUGAUGCCCUUCAAGCCUUUGCAAAUAUCAACAUUUGAGUUUGAAAUUGUCUUCAAUUUUACACCCAAUACUACUCCACUGUUAUGUGUGUGGAUGUAAGUGUUAUCAGUAGGAAUUAAAUAAAGAAUUUCACUUGUUUUUGCAAUUUGAUCUUUUGUUUCAGCUUGUGAUUCUGUGUUUGGAAUGAUAGUUUUACUUCUAUCUGAUUAGGAAGGUUUAUUUCCA